AUGGUAGAGGUCGCGGGCGCCAAAGUCCGCUCGCCGCUGGCCGAGACGACGAACCGCAUCAACUCGCCCUUCCCGCCCUUUGAGCAGCAGCCACACGGAAAGCCGCGUCCUGAUCACGCCGAGGCACGCCACGCUCACGCUCACACUCACGCGCAUGCACAGGCACAGACUCGCCGCACCGUGCCCAACCCCAUGGCUGAGAACUCCCGGCCCUCAACUUCACAUGGCGUCCCCGCUCACGCCCCCGCAGUCUUGAGCCCGCCAAAGCAGACUGACGACGAUAAGCGGUUCUCUCAGGCCUCGUACGCGUCCUCGUCGAGCAGCCGCAGCAAGAGGAGCUACAAGACGCAUGUCGGCCCGUGGCAGCUUGGAAAGACCUUGGGCAAGGGGUCGUCGGCACGCGUCCGCCUGUGCCGCCACAAUGUGACCAGACAACUCGCCGCUGUCAAGAUCGUCAACAGGCGGAUGGCGUAUCUGGUUCAAGAUAGCAGCUUGGCCGCCCUGAGCAAGUGGGACAGCAGUCUCCCCGAGCAGAUCAAUGGCGAGAUGCGCGUCCCCAUGGCCAUCGAGCGCGAGGUGGCCAUCCUCAAGCUUAUCGAACACCCAAACAUCAUGAGACUGUACGACAUUUGGGAAAAUCGCUCCGAAAUAUACCUGAUUCUCGAGUACAUUGACCGUGGUGAUCUUUUCACCUUCAUCAACACAUACGGACGCCUGUCGGAGGAGACGUCCAUUUUCUUUUUCCGCCAAAUGAUCAGCGCCAUCGCUUAUUGCCACUCGUUCAACGUCUGCCACCGAGACCUGAAGCCCGAGAACAUUCUAAUUACGAACGACCUUCAGAUCAAGAUUGCCGACUUUGGCAUGGCUGCCCUGCACCAGACAGACACCCAUCACCUUGCCACGGCCUGUGGAAGCCCUCACUACGCCGCGCCGGAGCUGCUCAAGAAUCGACAGUACCGCGGAGACCGCGCUGACAUUUGGAGCCUGGGCGUUAUCCUAUAUGCCAUGCUCUCCGCCACACUCCCCUUUGACGAUCCUGACCUGCGCGUCAUGAUGGCCAAGACCAAGAAGGGCCACUACGAGAUGCCGCGAUGCGUCAGCCCCGAAGCUGCCGACCUCAUCCGACGCAUGCUCCAAGUGAACCCCGACCGCCGCAUUACCCUCAAGGAGAUCUGGCGUCACCCCCUCGUUCAGAAGUAUAACUAUGUCGACCACUUUGGCGACAUCACUGGUCAGUUGCCGGACACGCGAAAAGGCUUCCAAUACACCCCGGUGCUGCGCAGCGAGAUCGAUCCGCAGCUUCUCAGGCAGCUCCGAUCCAUGUGGCACAUGUUCAGCGAACAAGAUCUUGUGCUCAAGCUCUCAUGCGACGAACCCAAUGACCAGAAGGCCUUCUACUGGUUGCUUUAUAACUAUCGGGAUAAGCAGCUAGAGGACUUCAAACCCGAGCUGGCACACUCUAUGAGCGAUUACCACCAUCUCAAACCUGCCAUUUGGAAGAAGAAGGUGUCGACGUGCGAGUUUGCGCAGCCUCGCGGCAACGGCCACGGCCGAUCCAUCUCGCGCUUCACCGUCAUCUCCAACGCCGCAGAAACCGAAGCCGGAACUGACAAGAGUUACGACCCCUACAGAGGCAGCCGCAUGCUUCAAGGAUGCGAGCCGGAGGCCAGCCACGCCAGGAUUGUCAUUCACCGGGAUGCCGAGACGACGAGCGUCAAGAGCACGACGAGAGCUCGAAGCGGCUCCAACGCUCGACGAGCGCGCGCCAACUCUGCCAGAGCUGCGUCCAUCAUGGCCAAGCAGCCAUCGCGAGGCUCUUUGCUGUCCCUCCGCAGCAAUAGACAGGGUACACCUGCCGUGGCGAUUCCAGCUUUGCGGCACAAGCGUGGAGUCGACUUUUCGCAUGUUAGGAGGCGGUCGACCUCUGCUGGUUAUGCGAAGCGGCAACCCACUCGUCUGCGCACAACGGCCUCGGUUGCGGGCGACGGAUCGAUGUAUCAACAGGAGGCAGCACGAUCUCCUUCCCCCGAGCUUAUCCGACAAGCAGAUGGCACGCAUCCCAAGGCUAAUGGCGCCCCGAAGAAUGGCGUAUCUAUGAUCUUUAAUGAAGAGCUCCGCCACUUCAGCAACAGCUGCGCCAAGGACUGCGAUGAGGCGUUCAAGGGCACGCUGGCCGAGGCCGAAUCUGCUGGCGGCUCGUGGACGGACGCGGAGAAGAAGGGGCGCGACUCGACUCCCUUCUCCGUAACUGUCGACAGCCCGACAGUGACCACUCCUGCUACCGACAGAUCGAGUGCCGCCUCGUGGCAAAGUCGACCGCUACCUCCGCUGCCCUCUGAGGACCCCUCGAAGCAGUUCCUGACCCCGAGCCUUCGUGACGUCGAGUCUGAGCUUGACUUUGGUGGCGAGGAGAAUACUGAUUCGAUGUCCGCGACGCAUGACGGGCCUCACCUGGCCGUUCCAGUGAUGCUGUCGAAACACACUGAUCGACGGGUUGUCUCCGCCCCAGUGCACAACCACCAGCCAGGCCGCAAGCUCACUACGCUGCCAUCCAUUCACGAAAAUACAGCGUCGGUUGUGGAAGGUGACGGAACAAGAGUCGUCUCGGCUCCACCGCAUGGAAAGAGCAAGAGGUCGAAUGACGUUGAUAGGAGCCUCGACUAUCUUAGCAAGGUCGAGCACACUAUUCGAGUCGUCCACUCGCCCGGAUCGACGAGCCCCGUCAAGAUGCCCGAACCGCUCAACGUGCAGAAGAAGUCAGUGACGGAGGACUUUGGACACAAAUUGCAUCGGCAUCUUGCAUACAAUGCGGAAAAGUACGAUGAUGAUGUGGUCGAGCGUCCGGCAGCGGACUCCACCGAAACCAAGAAGAAGAAGACCUCGUGGUUCAGACGGGUGUCCAAGGCGGAAUCUGCCUCAGCCGCCAGCGAAGCAAAGACGGCCCGAAACUCCAUUGCGUCCAAGCAGUCCUCGGACGCCGAUGUGAUCGCUCCUGCGGCGAAGAAGAAAGCAUUCACCUUUCCCUUCUGGAAGAGCAACAAGGAGAAGGACACGGGUAUGAUUGUGGAAGGGCCGGUCCGUGCUGCGGAGGACAAGAUGGCGGCGAGGCACUCUCGGCAGCAAGACCUGGGCGACUCUGGUUCAGGCAGCAUUCGAAACGUGGCAGUGAAGCAGAACUGGCUUACGCGGCUGUUCCGCGUGAAGCCCGCGACGAGCUACAUCUGCAUGACGCUUUCGCGCAAGCGGGCCCGACAGGAAGUCGCCAUCCUGCUGCGGGAGUGGCGACGCUACGGCAUGCGGGGGAUCCAGGUGGACAAGCAGCGCAACAUUGUCUUUGCACGGCUCGGAGCUAAGAACUAUCUGAACCUCAAGGAAGUGGAGUUUGCUGCCGAGGUGAUGACGGUCAUCGAGCACGGCAAGAAGCAGCCGCUGAGCAUCGUGCGCUUCACGCAAGAGCGAGGUGCUGCGAGCAGCCUCCACAGAAUCGUCGACACGAUGCGCAUCAUGUUUGACAGCCGCCACCUGGUGGUUGCGGACAAGAACAAGCAGAAGAUGAUGAUCAAGACGCUGAACGCGUGA